AUGAAUUGGGGCUGGGGCUUAGCCACGGUGAUUUGGAUCGCCUUCCUCAUGCUGGGCGUGAUGAACAUCAUCACCGGGAACUUCGUCAGUGCAGCGAUGGAGCGGUCCCAAUCGGUGAAGGAUGUGGACAACGUCUUUCAAGCACGGCGGCUCUUCAAGAGCCUCGACAUCGAUGACAACGGAGCGAUUACGAUUGAUGAGAUUCGCCGUCACUUGGAGUCCAAACCCGUGCAACACUUCUUCAGGACGAUUGAUGUGGAUUCCUCUGAAGCAGAGGUGCUGUUUGAGAUUUUGGAUCUGAGCGGAGAUGGCAGUAUCGACAAAGAGGACCACCAGAUCGUGUUUGUUGUCUCCAGGAGCGCAGCGCGAGCUGUAGAUCUCUUGCUGAUGACCAAGGACACGCGACGAGGCUUUGAGCAGAUUCUUAUCUACUUGGAAGAGCUCACAAGCCGAUUAGACGCGACACAGGAGUUCUUGGAGCUUGUGAAAGAAACCUGCGACGACUAUGCGGAGAUCUCAGAGAUUGUGGACCGGCACAAUACUUUGGAAAGUGCCAAUGCUGACCUCUCUGAGAUGCAGAUCGAGUCGGAGACGAAGAUUGAGGACUGA